AUGUAUCCUACCGACUCUCCUGAGAGAAGUGGACAAAAUCACUUUACAAACGAUACUGGAGACGAAAAGACUCAUAAUUCUAGUGCUCUUUCUUAUAACGAUAAUGCAACUAAUCCAACUGUAUACUCAAAUACGUUUAUGACUUCUUUUAACGGCAAUGAACGAUUCUAUUCAAGAGUUGUUGGUCAAGUCUACUCUAGAGAAAUGGUAACAAUUUAUGGUAAUCCUCCAGCAAAUUUUUGGAAUCCAAGUCCAGUCGUUGGCAAGUGUUAUUUUUGUAAUUCUGCUAUAAAUCCGCAAGAUAUCGAUACGAUUACUUGCAACUCGGCAAAUUGCAAUAUUUAUUCCCAUAUUGGGUGCUUAAUGAAAAGUGGACUUCAUGAUUUCAAUAAAUCAUGGCACUGUCCAAAAUGUAUGCCACCACGUCCUCCCAUAAGACAGAUGGAAUCAUUAAAAGACGAUAAUAUUGAAGCAAAUCAACCUCCACCGGUAAAUCCUUUGCAUUUGCUAUUGGAAGCAUCGGACCAAAUACAAUCAAGUUCUAGGACUCAAAUUACCCAUAUAAACGACAUCAAUGAACCGUCUUUUACACCUUUAGUGAAUUCAUCUACGCAGCUUAUUGAAAAUAAUGGUAUUUCAACACGACCAAAACUUAUGACUCCCGAAGAAUUUAUUUUUCAGCCUAUUCAUGGUGACUAUUCGGAUGUUAACAAUACUAAUAAUGAUGAAAAUGAAAAAGCAGAUAUUGAAGAAAUUUUACCCUCAAAAUUUGAAAUUCAAUACGCUUUAUACGAAGAAGAGCGAAAUAAUACUAUACGCAAUCUUGAAAGAACACGUACACGACAAAAUCAGGUUACCAAUGCGCUUAAAGAAUCAGUUGCUAGAAUCUCACGGGAACACGAUAAACAACUCGAAAGAUACGAAUCCUUAGAAAAAGAUAACGAAAAACUUAAUAAUGCUUUAUAUAAAUUAAAACUUGCGCUUAUUCCAUUGGCUCAAGAAAGGCACGUGUUACAAAUCUUACGUAAACAGAAUGAAGAUUUGCAUGAACAGGAUAUCGGUCAAGACAACGUUUUGCAAUUAUUCUUGAAGAUCGGUACCACCUCAAAACCUUCUAAUGCAAUUGCUUCUACUUCAAAUAUACAUAAUUUACCUACAAUUGGUUCUUCAUUAUAUGAAAGAUGCCAGAAAUGUUCAAAGAUUGGUGGACAUUUAGUUUCUUGUGUGAAUUGCCAUAUUAUUCAACAUAUUGCUUGUUGUAGUAAAGGAGAGAAACCUUCCAUGGAAACGAUAGACAUUCGAUGGCAGUGUAUUAAUUGCAGAAAUGCUAAUCCAAAACGGAAAAAUUAUACGGAUAACGCAGACAUAAAAGUCGUCCCAUCGAGUUUACUUGGUGGAUAUAAACGCAUUAAAGUAUGUAAUCCAACUAAAGAAAACGGCACAAAAUCAAGAAAUAAUUCACCUUUAGAUAGUAUUAGUACUCAAAAUCUUGAUAAUGGUUGUGACGAAGGAGUUUUAUCGCCACAACUUACUCCUCAUAAAGCAGAAACAAAUGAGGGAAAUACAAUAACCAUGGAAGUAAAAAUUAAGGAUCAGCAAGAGUCUACCGAUUUGACGCUCCCAAAUACUCCCAAGUCGGAAGAUAAUGAAAGCGAUGAUAGCAGUUUUACUGGCAAUGGUUCGGAAAUGGAAAUUGAAAUUGAAAUUGAAAAUAAUCAAGACAAAUUAAAACUUGGGCAUUUAGAUCGAGCUCCCCCAUCAGAUAAUGGCCCGGAAGCAACUAGACAACCAGCGCGUUUUGACGGGGAUAUGUAUACUCCUCGGUGGGUACGUGGAGUUGGUAAGUCAAAGGAAGGACUUUGUCCUCAUUGUGAGCCUGUACGAUGGCUUAAAACUAAGAUUUCAGCUUAUUGGUAUCAUCUCAAUUAUCAACAUGGGAUUUCUUCCAUUACUGGAAGACCAUUUACACAACCUACUUCAGAAAGAGUUAAUAAAAAAACUGGUAUGAAAGAAGCGCUUUGUCACAAGUGUAAUAAAUGGAUUUUAAAUCAAUCACCACGUGACAAGGAUGUUUUAGUCCCCGAGAUUUAUUGCAUGCGCAAAAGUGCCAUCACACUGGUUCUUAAGGGAAUUGUAAACGAUGUUCAAUUAAAUGAGGAAAGAUAUUGA